UAGAGACGUGAUCUGGGCUAGAGGGGCCAGAGAUCGGUCGAUUGCGCGGCUAGAGAGGCCGGAGGUUAGUGGCUGUAGAAGUCGGGCGGACCCGGAAUCCAGAGGAAACGGGACCAUGACUUAUGCUUAUCUCUUCAAGUAUAUCAUCAUCGGGGACACAGGUGUGGGGAAGUCAUGUCUCCUCCUGCAGUUUACAGACAAGCGGUUCCAGCCUGUCCACGACCUCACAAUAGGUGUAGAGUUUGGGGCCCGUAUGGUCAACAUUGAUGGAAAACAAAUCAAACUGCAAAUUUGGGAUACGGCUGGGCAAGAAUCCUUCCGCUCUAUCACCCGUUCCUACUACAGGGGAGCAGCUGGAGCACUGCUAGUGUAUGACAUCACUAGGCGUGAAACCUUCAACCACCUAACCUCCUGGUUAGAGGAUGCCCGGCAACACUCCAGCUCCAACAUGGUUAUCAUGCUGAUUGGGAAUAAGAGUGACUUAGAGUCCCGUAGGGAUGUGAAGAGAGAAGAAGGAGAGGCCUUUGCUCGGGAGCAUGGACUUAUCUUCAUGGAAACUUCAGCCAAAACAGCCUGCAAUGUUGAAGAGGCCUUCAUUAACACAGCCAAAGAAAUAUAUAGGAAGAUCCAGCAGGGUUUAUUUGAUGUCCACAAUGAGGCAAAUGGCAUCAAGAUUGGUCCUCAGCAGUGUAUUUCAACAUCAGUAGGAACCAGCGCCUCCCAGCGGAACUCUAGUGAAAUAGGGUCCGACUCCGGCUGCUGCUGAAUAUCUAGCCUGGACUCUUUUUUCCUUCUUGGAACAGCUUCAGAUCAAUAGGCUUAAAGAAAGAGGUCUUACUUGCUUUGGCUGAGAAAAGCCUCUUUUCAAGGUGUGAUGUUUUGCCUUUCCACUUAAAGACCAGGGAAGAACUUGGGCCCUUACUGACUUGUCCUCCUUCAGGGACGUGAGCAUUCCCUAUAGAUUAGGGCUCUUCUCAUCCUCCUAUUUUAAUUUCUAAAAUGUUAUGAUCAAAGUUGAUUGUCAUGGUAGCUCAAAAAUAAAUUAUUUUAUAAGCGUACACAAUUGGCUCCCUACCAGGAAUUAGUAACAAGGGUCUAGGACAUUGUGCUUGAGCACUUGAUUUUACUGUUCUGGCUGGCUGGCGUUUGGAUGGUGGACCCUGUAUCUGGGAAUUUCAUUGAUUGUUUUUACUUGCCACUUUGUAAGAGUUCUUGCAGAAGGCAGUUCCUUCAACUUGAACUACUCAAGGAUGCUGAAUAAUUUUCUACCAUCCCAUUGCUAGUUUCUCUGUCUCAGAGUAACUAUAAAACUUUUGAGAGCAGUGGAGUUGUUCCUGGACCUGGGGCUACUUAUUAUCAUCACUACCUAAAGAAAACCUCUUUCCCUGUUUGUUGUAGGGACCAGACCUAACACUGCAGUGUCUUUCACCAAAUUAACCCCUUACUGUUUCACCAUACUUCUCAACAAGACCUGUUUAGACUUUCUGCUCUAAUCAAGCUAAUCUUACU